CCAUAGAAGUGAGCCAGGUGACGGGUAUUCAAACCCCAAAGGUGCGACUGAUUGUGGGGGUUUCAGGCCCCACCUACAGGUGAGGGGUGUUCAGGCCGCAUUUGAAGAGGUGAGUCUGGGAAAGGGAGGUUCAGAAAUUCAAACAUAGGGGUGAGGCAGGUGAGGGGGGGACAGCCCCCGGCUACAGCAGUGAGGCAGGUGAGGGGGGGACAGCCCCCGGCUACAGCAGUGAGGCAGGUGUGGGGGGGACAGCCCCCGGCUACAGCAGUGAGGCAGGUGUGGGGGGUUGUUUUUUACUGUGGUGCUGGGUAGGGGUGAUGCAAGGUGGGUUUUGUGCUGGCGAGUGGUAGGUAUGAGGACCAUGGGAGGUCAGCACGGCAAACGGUGAUGCCUCACUUGUUGCGUGGCGCAACAAGUGCUAUCAUGUGGGUUCGUUUGUUCAAUCCUAACCAAGGCUAGGGAAGGGUUUUUAGAACCCAAGUUACAGGGUGAGGCAAGGUUUGAGAUCUCAGACCCCAAAUUACAGGGUUAGGCAAGGGUUGAUGCUUCAGACCCCAAGUGACAAGGUGAGGCAAUGUAGGGGGGUUCAAAUCCCAGGGAGAGGGCUGAAACCCCCAGAGGAAGUCGAUUGAAGGUUGAAACCCUCAGGGUAGGUUGAGUGAGGGGCGGAGGGAGGGGGCUGAAAGUUCCUCGUAAAGUUGAGUGAAGGGCGAAGGGAUGGGGCUGAAAUCCCCACCGCCCAGAGUAGGGUGUAGGAAUGGAGUUGAAGCCCCCACCUCAGGGUUAGUUGAAUGAGGGGCUAAGAGAUGGGGCUGAAAUCCCCAGUUGGGAGUAAGCUGAGUGAAGUGCGAAGGCAGGGGGGGAGUCGUUUUACUCUGCUAGAUGCCUGGUUGGGGCUGGGGCUCAUCGCUGUCAACUGGGACACACGGCAACGUGGGGAAAGCCAAGUGACUUGUUGGGGGUUGAAGCGGCAGUUCAGGCUGCUCUGCUUGCUCACCUGCAUGCACGCAUCGAGUUGCUUACUCUCUGGGUUCCUGCUUGGCGCUCAUGCUUGUCAACUGAGGCACGGCAUCAGCACAGGGGUGCCAGGUGAGUGCUUGUACUUGUCUCUUUUCAAUCUUCAUGGUUCAGUGGGAUGUCUGAUAGAGUUGGGGAUGUAAGGCGUGGAAAGGGCUGCCGGGGCAUGGGGCAGCCUGCUGGAUGGUGGAGGGGAAAGUUAGGGAGUAGUAAGGUUGGUGUAAGGACCAUGGUGUGGUGUGGUGUGGUGUAGUGUGGUGUGGUGUGAUGUGGUGUUUCAUGGUCUGGAGUGGUGUGGCUCGAGCCGUGGCAUCGUGCUGUGGUGUUGCCUUGCGUGUCGUCACGCGGGAUGAGGGAGUGGCAUGGUGUGGUGUGCAUAAUGCAUGGCAUGUAUGAUGGCCGUUUACUGGAGGCUGAAGGUUGCUGGACCAAGGUGAAGGAUGAUUGAAUGCUAGGUUGGCUAGAAGGAAGAUGAAAUGCUCUUACAAAUUGUAGUAUGGACCUUCCCACAUUUUCCAUGGAUUAGGGACAGUCAGUAUCACAUGGACUCGUGCUGUGCCUCUUCGCCCUCGUGUUGUGCGAUGACUGAUUUGGUCAGGAUGUAGAAUGACAUUGUGGCCGACCACUGCGGUACUGAGCUCAUUAUCUUAGUGCUCGUUACGACGAAUGGGCUUACGCUCUACUACAAACUGGUUAUUUUAGUCCGUGUUCCAUAUUCGCGUUGACUUGUUUUCGUCCAUACCUAAGCUAUGGCUCUUCAUGCCAGCCUGGCGACGCCUGCUCCACCACCGGCCACGAUAUGGGCCUCAGAUUGCAUGUGUGAGCCCUGGGAGCUUCUGGCCGUCGAUUUCGGGACCGGCUCGGGGCAUACUUCCGACGGCGAGAGCCUUAGCAGCGGGGACAGCGAGAGCGUUCGCACAGAAACCGACAGCAGCGGUGCUGACGACAUUGACGACUUUGCCAUUGAUCCUGCCGAGGUUUCGUCUGAACGGGGACGAAACAGUAUCAUUCUCCAGGUUCAGCCUCCUUCCAGGUCGACUGCUGUUGGAGAGAGUGAGGUUCAGGGUGUAGUGCAGCCGGAGGUGGCUGCAGAGCGAGUUGAGCCAGGGGAAGCCCUGGGGGUUAAGCCAAUCAGUCCCUUGACCGAGGGUGCGGGUGAUAGUGCUUGUGAGCAGAAUGACCCCGGAAUUUCCGAGAUAGGUCCAUCUUCGGCCGUCGACGUCCUCCCUCAAUACGUGUACAGCCGUAGGAGAGCAAGGACCGGACUCCAGGCAGUGCUGGAAGAAGGCUGCGUCUCAUCCUUUGCGUACACCGCGACUGCUUGUAGCGUACCCGUGUCGGUGAUAGCACCAGCCGCAGCAUCGGCUGCGGUUAGGCCCGCGUUACCCGCGCAAGGAGCGUCGCAGGCUUUCGCUGUAGCCGUUACUAGCAGCGCGAUUAUCCCUUCGGAGGUCUCGUCUCAGGUGCCAGGGCAGUGCGCUCGCGCCAUCCAAUGGCCCGCGCUUACCGCUGGUCCCGCCACCGUGGAAGUGGCUGACGUGGCAGUGACGGAGGAGCUGGCUGGGGGCCCUGCAGCAGCAGCAGUGGGGAGGGGCAAGGAGAAGCGAUGGGGGUACAAGCGGCCGUUCUGCCAGGUUACGCUCCAGCUCGAAGAGAUCGAGCAGCAGGACAUCUCGCUCAUAUCAUGCGCGAAGAGGCGGCGGCGGCAGCAGCAGCAGCAGCACGGCAAGGACCAGCGGCAGCGGCACGGGAAGCAUGCGGGCGGGGCCGGUCGGAGAGAGGAGGACGCGGCUGCUGCUGCUGCUGCUGCUGCUGUUGACGAUGACGCGGAGGUGAACGACCUGCAGCGAUGCGCCAUCCUGCUGCUGCGCCUUAGAAACCACAGCAUCGGCGCGUUCUUCAGCUCGCCAGUGGCGUUGUCGGAUCUGUGGCCGGAGGACGCCCGACGCUGCUAUGCAGCAACGGUCGACCGUCCAACAGAUCUCUCCGUUAUACAGGCGCGGCUCAGCUCUGGCUUCUACGCGGACCCCUUGUCGUUCGUGGAUGACGUUCGCGCUGUGUUCGCCAACGCUGCUCGCUGCCUCCCCUCUGACUGCUGCCUCCGGGCACACGCCCUGUCCCUGUGGCAGAUUUUCGAGUCGGACGUGGGGCUCUUCCGCAUCACAGCACCUGCUGACCUCUCCCUCCUGCAAUUCGACACCCCCGUUCCUCUAACCGAUGCCACAGCGUGUGCUGUCACUGCGUCUCCUCCUCCUGCUCCAGCUCCUGUUGCUGCUGCUGCGGCUGCUGCCACUGCUGCCGCUGCUGCCGCCGCUGCUGCUGCUGCUGCUGCUGCAGCUCCUGGCUCUGCUAUCAUAGUGCCAGAAAGCCUUCCAGGCCGUGACGCCCCUCCGCGGCCUCCCAUGCAGCUGUCUAUCACAUGCCCUGCGCCCUGCCAGCACCUGUCAGCGCUCCUGCUCUCCCACCGCUUGGCGGAGCCAGAGCCCCCGGUGGACCUGGAAGGCGUCCGUCUGCUAGACGUGGACCCCCAAGCGUGCCUGCAGUCGUCUCCCAGCGAUACUGCCUGUGACUCGGGACGGAGUAAGGGGGAAUCCGAGGAGGGGGGGGAGAGUGACGAUGGCAGCUGAGGGGGAGGCAGGUGCUAGCUUGGCUGUCGCAAGGUGAACGGAUGGGUUCUGAUGGUGCGAAGAGGGCUAGGGUGGGACGGGAAGAGCAGGAGAGGAUGGGUUUCGUAGAUGU